GCCUCUAGUGGUGAACAUUUCAGAUAGUUCGCGAAAUUUCCUCAAAUCUGACGAAAUAUUUUGGUUUUUUGUUGAUUUUUCAGCAAAAUCCUUUUAUUUUAGCCCACAAUAAUUAUUUAACAUGUAUUUAGUGAGUGGAUUAUCUCGUCGUGCAGUGAUAUCGACGUUAAGUUGCACAAAAAAGUGUUUAUCUGCUGGAAAUAGAGUGAGAACUCUGGCAACAUGCAACAUAACCUCAUAUUUUGUCCCCGGAAAAUUGGAAAAAGUCUCAAAAAACUGGAGUCCAGGCAGCUCACUCCUUAAAAAUGACUUAAAUUUGAGUGUAAUUGCUAUGCCUAAGAGAUUUUGUACAAACAGAGCCGCAGACUCUGAUUCUGACGAAGUGCCAGAAGAGGCUCCAGAGGACAUUCUAUCUACUCACUUGCCUGCAACUGUGGCCAUUCCUGAGGUCUGGCCCCAUUUGCCAGUGAUUGCUACGAGGCGUAAUCCUGUAUUUCCACGAUUUAUGAAGAUCAUUGAAGUGACAAAUCCUUUAUUGAUUGAUCUGAUAAGGCGAAAAGUUAAACUGAAUCAGCCGUAUGCUGGAGUCUUCCUCAAACGGGAUGAUGAGAAUGAAAAUGAAGUUGUGGAGAAUCUCGCGGACAUCUACAAUGUGGGUACUUUUGCUCAAAUUCAAGAAAUGCAGGAUCUAGGUGAUAAACUUCGCCUUGUGGUCACUGCACAUCGAAGAAUAAAAAUUGUUGGUCAACUUUUUGAGGAUCUGGAUCCUCCUCAGCCAAAAGCACUCAAACUCAAUUUUCCCAUGUUUAAUGUGAAAAUGAAUGUGACAGCUGAAGAAACGGAUGCCGAAAAGAGAAGAAGGAAGCAUCGAGCUCAGAGAUUAUUGAAGCAAUCGCGCAAUGCCAAUAAUGAUGCGCCCACAGAGGCUGAGACAAAGGCCAUUCAGGAAACUGAAAAGGCCAAAGAGGCCAAGAGAAGACCUCUGGUAGAGGGUGAAAAGCAACCAGUUCUGAUGGUAGAAGUAGAGAAUAUUAAGCAGGAAGCCUUCAAGCAGACAGAAGAAGUCAAAGCAUUGACUCAAGAAGUCAUUAAAACCAUUCGGGAUAUCAUUACCAUGAAUCCCUUGUACAGAGAAAGUCUUCAACAGAUGUUGCAUCAGAAUCAACGAGUUGUGGACAAUCCCAUCUAUUUGUGUGACUUAGGGGCAUCCCUCUCGGCAGCAGAUUCACCAGAACUUCAAGCCAUUUUGGAGGAAAUGGACAUUCCAAAGCGACUUCUACUGUCCCUAUCGUUGCUGAAGAAGGAACUUGAGCUGUCAAAGCUACAGCAGAAAAUCGGCCGGGAAGUAGAGCAGAAAGUCAAAGAGCAACACCGUAAGUACAUACUGCAGGAGCAAUUGAAGGUGAUUAAGAAGGAAUUGGGCAUUGAGAAGGAUGACAAAGAUGCCAUUGGGGAGAAAUAUCGUGAGAGGAUUAAGGAAAAAGUUGUACCGCCGGCUGUUGCUGCUGUCAUUGAGGAGGAACUCAAUAAAUUGAACUUCCUCGAGAGUCACAGUACAGAAUUCAAUGUCACGCGGAACUAUCUGGAUUGGCUGACGUCACUGCCGUGGGGUGUUAUGAGUGAAGAAAAUCUCGAUCUCGAUCGUGCUACAGAAAUUCUCGAUGCCGAUCACUACGGGAUGGAGGAUAUUAAGAAGAGAAUUUUGGAAUUUAUUGCUGUGAGUCAACUGAGGGGAUCGACUCAGGGGAAGAUUUUGUGUUUCCAUGGGCCACCUGGAGUGGGAAAGACCAGUAUAGCUAGAUCCAUUGCCAGGGCACUCAAUAGGGAGUAUUUCAGGUUUAGUGUUGGCGGGAUGACGGAUGUGGCUGAAAUUAAGGGACAUCGACGGACUUAUGUUGGAGCUAUGCCGGGAAAAUUGAUACAAUGCCUGAAGAAGACCCAAACAGAGAAUCCAUUGGUGUUGAUUGAUGAAGUUGACAAGAUUGGACGAGGUUAUCAGGGUGAUCCUCAAGCAGCUUUGCUGGAAUUGCUGGACAAGGAGCAGAAUAAAAAUUUCCUGGAUCACUACAUUGAUGUUCCUGUGGAUCUUUCCCAUGUCCUUUUCAUCUGUACGGCCAAUGUCCUGGACACAAUUCCAGAACCACUGCGAGAUCGUAUGGAAAUGAUUGAGAUGUCCGGAUAUGUAGCUGAGGAGAAAUUGGCCAUUGCUAGGCAAUACCUAAUCCCUCAGGCCAUGUCCGAGAGUGGACUCAAGGAUGAACAAAUUGCCAUCAGGGAUGAAUCCUUGCUGAAACUGGUGAAGAAUUACUGCAGGGAAUCUGGAGUUCGGAAUCUGCAGAAGCACAUUGAGAAGAUUAUCCGGAAGGUGGCGUACAAAGUUGUCCGGAAGGAGGCAGAACAUUCAGAUGUGACAGAAGAGAGUCUGCCAGCUUAUGUGGGAAAGCCCAUUUUCACCCACGACCGGAUGUACACGGACACUCCGGCGGGAGUUGUGAUGGGAUUGGCCUGGACAGCAAUGGGAGGAUCGACAUUGUACAUCGAAACGGCCAAGCGAAAAUAUCUAGAAGUUACGGAAAAGUCCUCAAAUGACAAAGGAGCAACUCCUGGAGAUGGAACUCUCCAGUUGACAGGGCACCUUGGGGAUGUGAUGAAAGAAUCAGCCAGAAUUGCCCUAACCGUUGCCAGGAAUUACAUCACAAAAUUCGACAAAGCAAAUACUUUCCUAGAAACUGAACACAUUCAUCUCCAUGUCCCCGAAGGAGCUACACCCAAAGAUGGACCAAGCGCAGGAAUCACAAUAACCACUGCCCUCCUCUCACUUGCCCUCAAUCGUCCAGUCCGGAAGGAUAUUGCGAUGACAGGAGAAGUAUCACUAACGGGCAAAGUGCUGCCAGUUGGAGGGAUCAAGGAGAAAAUAAUCGCAGCAAAAAGGACAGGAGUGACGUGCAUAAUCCUUCCGGAUGAGAAUAAGAAGGACUUCACAGAACUCCCGGAUUACAUCAAAGAGGGUUUGGAUAUUCACUUUGUAGAUAAAUACGAGGAUGUCUUCAGAAUCGCCUUUCCCCAGUAAAUUUGUUGGCAAUUAAACGAAAAGUUGGUUAACUAAGAAA